AUGAGUACCAACUACAUGAGCACCGGCAGGAUUCUGCUGAAAGAUGACAAACUCGUCUCCAACAAUGGAGAAUUCACAGCUAUCUUUCAGGGAGAUGGCAACUUUGUGGUCUAUGAUAAAUGUGGGCCUAUCUGGGCUUCACACUCUAACCACGCCAAAGCUCAGGAGCUUAUCCUCCAAGAGGAUGGCAACCUGGUCCUCUACACUUCACAGGGAACCGAAAGGUGGUCUGGUCGUCUAAAUAGGCCGAAAAGUGGUCUGGUCCUCCCUGGUGCUGAUGCUGAGUAAUAUCAUCGCCAUACCUGUCUAUGUCUACCUCUAAAAUCUGUAUUCAAAAGCCUUUAGAAGCUCUCUUACC